GGCGAGCGGAGGGAUGCUGAAGCUGAAGGAGAGGGAGAAGGAUGUACUCGAAGAUCCAUGGAGAAGGAGAGAGACAGAGGGAGCACCAGAGGAGCGGAGAGAUGUUCUUCAGCAAUCUUGUCACCCUGAUGCUCAUUAUCUGGGUGGCAGCAGCGGAGGUGCUAGUAGUAUUGGUGAAGGUGCUAUUGGGGCUGCUAGCGGUUCAGCAGGCUCCUCUGGAAGUCCUGUAGCACAAACGAAAAGCUCAGGAGUAAUCACCACCACCAGCAGCAGCAUGAUGGAGAAGAUUAAAUCCCCCGGCACAGUACGACGUCUCUCUAUGAAGAUGCGCAAGCUCCCAGAACUGCGGCGUAAGCUCAGUCUGCGCUCGUCACGUAACCAGAGGAACGUUCAAGGACAAGGUGGUGGCAGGGAUGCACCAGAGGGCGCCUACGAGGCCUCACCACCCAACGCACGUAAAGAAUCCUCGAACAAUGUCAUCAGCAGGUACCAUCUGGACACCAGUGCUCCCGCAAGACCGAGGCGCCGAUCAUCACGCAUGCGUUCUGCUAGCAAAGGCGGUUAUCUUAGCGACGGCGACUCCCCUGAGCUCCUGCCCAAACAGGAUUCGAGUCAGGGUUUGACUGAGGGGUCUCACGGAUCAGGUCAAGAGGCACAGGAGUCACCACAGGCUCCUCCACACCGCGGGUGGCAGGAUGCAGUCGGGUCUUUCCGGCACUACUCGCUAGCAGAGCAGCCGAGGUCCGCCCAGAGAGUGUCAGGCCUCCUCACAGUGCAUCUGCUCGGUGUCUCUGAACUCGUGCGAUCUCGCACAGCGAAAGACGUCUUCUGUGCCAUCCAGGUGGACGGAGUGACGCGAGCCCGCACCUCUUUGCUCACCUGCCAGGAGACGUCACUUCCGCUAAACCACACCUUCAACCUGGAGCUGGAGCGAGCGCGGAUGCUAAAGCUAAUCGUUCUCACACCAAGUCCUAACGCUGUGGACGGAUCCACAGGCCCCAGUGGUCAAACACGCAACCGGGUAUGCUGCCUCGGCGCAGUUGCAAUUCCCCCUCUGUUUAAAGCACAGCGAAAUUCUUUUCUUCGCAUACCCCAGCAUGUCAGGAAGUUGGGGUCAGAGCACAGGGUCAGCCAUGAUGCAACGACCCUGGAGCAAAGAGGGUUAAGGGGCUUGUGCUGCAAGCUUAGGUUUCCCUCCAGUGAGAUAGUUGUGAGUUCAAACACACACACACGUAUACACACACACACACACACGAAUACACACGAAUACCCACAGCUGAAGUUCCUCAGUGUGAAGUGUCAGAGUGCUGUGUCUGCAGGCAUUCUGAAGGAUUAUCUGCGUGAGCUUCCAUCGGCGCUCAUCACAUGGACUCUGUAUGAGGUGGUGCUGGAGGCCAUGUGUGUGAGACCGGCGUGCAGGAAUGUCGACACACACAGAUCAUACAACACUGUCGCCCUGCUGCAGUGUCUGCCUGAACCAGAGAGGGCCACACUGUCCCUCCUGUUGGAUCACCUGAGUCUGGUGGCUUCCUUCAGCGACUGUAAUCUGAUGACAUGCCAGAACCUUGCUGUGUGUUUCAGCCCUGUUCUGCUCACUCCGAUGCAGGACUCGUGGAAAGGGGCGGGGCCUGGCACUUUCCCAUCAGCCCCAGCAGGACCUGGAAGCAGCCUGGGAGGAAGAAGCUUCCCACAGCAGAGUAUGGAGAUGGCCAGCGCUGUGGACUUCAAGCGGCACAUCGAGGCUCUGCACUAUCUGCUGCAGCUCUGGCCGAUUCCAACAGGAAGCGUGACCGAUCGAUCACCCUACCGUUCAGAGGAUGAAGAGGCUCCUUCUCGUCCCUCCCAUAAUUCCCUGCAGCGUUGUCCUCAGCGCUCGGCGUUACGCGUGGAGCUGCCUUUACCACAGGACGUGGCAGUGGUGUCGCGCAGGGGGCGUGGCCGUCUGGAAAGCCCACCCUGUAAUCGCUACGCUGGUGACUGGAGCGUGUGUGGGCGGGACUUCCUGAGCAACGACGACGCAGAUUACGACGAGGUGGCAGGCAGCGAGAGCGACGAGGAGAAGAAGAAGGACUGGGCGUACACGGACGAUUUUGCGCUGGACUUUGACGCGCCGUUUACAUGCAGACUUAGUCUGAAAGACUUUGAUAACCUAAUUUCAGAUCUGGAGCGUGAACUCGCCAAACAGAUCAACAUCUGCCUCUGAGCACCGCCUCCACGUAAACCCCGUAUCUGCACUGCGUUCAGGUCAUUCAGCAGGAAAUACAGAAUUAAAUAUGUGCUACAGUUAGCUCAGACGGUGUUGAUCAACCAAGACAUGAAGUGCCUCUAAAUAUAGAAUGUGCUUUAUUUUUAUUUUUUAAUUAUUUUUGCUCUCAUCCUACGAGGAUAAUGUAGCUACAUAAUGGAAAUUUCAGUUUAGUGGUGUGAAAAACCUCAAACUGUCCAAAAAAACAAAAACCUCUGCAAUAAUCUCAAAACAGACUUGCAUAUACAGUCAGGUCCAUAAGUAUUUGGACAGUGACCAUUUUGUCAUUUGCCUAUGUACACCACCACAAUGGAUUUGAAAUGAAGCAAUCAAGAUGUGAUUGAAAGAAUUUCAGCUUUAAUUCACGAGGUUUAACAAAAAUAUUGCAUUAACCGCUUAGGAAUGACAGGUUUCUUUGUUUGUUUGUUUUUUGUUUUUUUUUUCAAGUCCCUCUAUUUUCACAGGCUUAAACGUAAUUGCACAGUUGACUGAUAAGCAGUUUCAUGGCUAAAUGUGGCCUGUUUACUCAUUAAGGGGAUAAAAGUUCUGGAGUUGAUUCCAAGUGUUAAAUUUGCAUUUGGUACAGUAGCUGUUCAUGCGAACUCUCAGUAUGCGGUCCAAAGAUGCAAUGCAAGGUCCAAUGAAGAAUCCACAUUUGCAGGAUUAUUUAGCCUCAAAAACAAGCACAACAUGGAUCAGGACACACACACACACACACACACACACACACACACACUACUUUCUAAAAACUUCCAGACCAAAGACACGUUUGAUGGUUGUUUUGCACUUCUGUAUUGCGUAUAUGGUUAUAUGAUGUUGCUGCUUACUUGGUCGAGUGCAGUACACGGUGUUGCCGUUGCUGGUGUAGCACUGUUUCUUUAACAUUUGAGCACGGUACAUAUGUUUAUCCGACUGUGAUUUAGUUAAUGAAAAAAAAAAAGGAUAUACGGAAUACAAAGGCCAUUAUCGAGCAAAGGUUUGCUCAUCAUGCAAAAUUGUUGUAAUCAUUUUUAUUCUAUUUGAUGUUGUUCUAUACAGUAUUAUUUUGUAUUGCACAUUUACAGCAAGCACUUAUUUUUUUUCUGUGUAUUAUGCCUGUUUACUAGUGUUAAAAAAAAAACUUAAAUUGGUACCUUUUAAGUACCCUUCAGUGUUAACCAAAUACAAAUAAAAGCACAGUAUUAUAAUUCCUAAACAAAUUUCUCAUGUCAUAAUGAUUAAAGCAGUAUUGUAUUCAA